AUGCCUUCUCUAGCUCAAGUCUCUCUUUUCCUUUCUUUGACCAUCUCAGGUCUCGUACAGGCUGCGCCUGCGCCUGCACCUGCGCCUGCACCUGCACCUACCGCUCCUCCAAAGCUAUCUGAGCGAGCCUCUAGCUGCACCUUUUCCGGUUCCAAAGGUGCAUCUUCAGCGAGCAAGUCCAAAACGUCUUGCUCGACAAUUGUCCUCUCCGACGUGGCUGUGCCAUCCGGAACAACUCUGGACCUGACUGAUCUGAAUGACGGGACUUCCGUCAUCUUCGAAGGUACUACCAGCUUCGGCUAUGAAGAAUGGGAUGGACCUUUGAUCUCUGUUUCCGGAACGGAUAUCACCGUCACCGGUGCCGAGGGCCAUGUCAUCGACGGUGAUGGUUCUCGCUGGUGGGAUGGCGAAGGCUCAAAUGGCGGAACCACCAAGCCCAAAUUCUUCUAUGCCCAUGAUUUGACAUCCUCGACAAUUAGCGGUCUGAGCCUCAAGAAUUCCCCGGUUCAGACGUUCAGCAUUGAUGGUUCUACCGACUUGACGCUCUCUGACAUUACCAUCGACGACUCUGAUGGUGAUGAUGGUAGUGCGGCAAACACUGAUGCUUUUGACGUUGGAGAAAGCACUGGCAUUAUUAUUUCUGGUGCAACUGUCUACAAUCAGGAUGACUGCUUGGCUAUCAACUCUGGAACGAACAUCACCUUCACCGGCGGCUAUUGCUCUGGCGGACACGGACUUUCCAUCGGAUCUGUUGGUGGUAGAGACGACAACACAGUAUCUGAUGUUACUAUCGAGAGCUCAACCAUCAUCGACUCAGCAAACGGUGUUCGCAUCAAAACCGUAUACGAUGCCACCGGUUCAGUCUCUGGAGUCACUUACAAAGACAUCACCCUGUCUGGAAUCACCGAUUACGGCAUUGUCAUUGAACAGGACUACGAAAACGGCAGCCCUACCGGCACUCCUACAACUGGCGUACCCAUCACUGACUUGACAAUCGAUAACGUCCAAGGAACGGUGGAGAGCGACGCAACGGAAAUUUACAUCUUGUGUGGUGACGGAAGCUGCUCCGACUGGACUUGGACCGAUGUGAGCGUCACGGGCGGCAAGUCGAGCGACGCUUGCGAGAAUGCCCCUGAUGACAUUAGCUGUUAA